AUGUCUGUUGCAUCUCUGCAACGUGAUACCGCCUUUCAGGCACGGUCUUUGUUCCGGUCUCUCCUUCGGCAUUCUGGGCAAUUUUCAAACUACAAUUUCCGAGAAUACGCUCGUCGCAAGACAAGAGAUUCAUUCCGCGAGCACCAAAACGCGACAGAGGAACGGGAGGUACAAGAACUGAUCCAAGAUGGAUUGCAAAGCUUGCGCUUGAUGAAGCCAGUUCUUCCAAUUGGACAAAUUGGUGGUGGAAGGCCAAAAAAGUGGAAAGGAAACUGGAGAUCAUGGAAGCAUUGUCCGCCAGAAGGAGACUGGUUCAGGGCCUCACGCUCAGGGCGACACCUCGACAAUGGUCCCAACCGCACACGAACAGGCCAAAUUGAUCACGAUGUCUUUGAGGGACUACCAGUCCGUCGAUGGUCCAAACAGUCACACACAUUCUCUCAGGCGCCCAAGCCCAAUGACUCCGAAUUCGGUGUUCAGGGCCCAGGUGGAGGGCCUACACUACCAGAGCUUCCCAUGCCAAGAGACAGCCAGAUCUUGCCCCCAACCAGUCGCGCACUUCUUCGAGCAGCCCGUGCAGGAUGUAUUCAUAUUCGCCAAGGAAUUCGAGCAGCCGAUGAUGAAGAGAAAAGCGUGGUGGAUGCAGAGGAAUCAGCUGCGACAUCAAACAUGGCUGAUCGCAGCUUUACCACUCGCAAAUGGAUGACUCUCCCGAAGCAUCUGGAGCCUGCAGAGGUCGAAUUCCUGGCAAAGCGGCGACCAGGCCUCCCCUCCCUCUAUGGCGCCACUGCUGGUACAGAUGGAAGCUCCUCGACCUCGGGACCAAUGAGGAGAACAAAGUUCAAAAAAGUCGACCCGGAUACCGGUAACAUCUCUAUCUAUGAAGCGUGGGUGCCUGAAGGUCAUCGCAUUGAAGGGGAGAUCACUGGCGACGUGCAGACUAUUGUUGAACAAAGCGAAGUACCCGUAAAACCAGAGGCACCUGCACCUGGGACAGUUGUCGAGGGCGUCGGAGUUGUCAAUGCCGAGGGUGUCGUCGUUGCGGAAGCUGGCUCGGCAGCUGUCAUGACGCCCCCAAAGAGACGUCCACCUCCGCCCAAACGUAAGGGCAGAGGCAUCGGAAAGGGCAGGAAGAAGAAAGUAAUGUUUGCGCCUGGCGAAGGAGCCGAUGCCGCAACAGUCCAUGGAGUCGGCUCUGGUUCUGGCAACAAUGAGGCUGGUUUCAAGGAACAUGGCCAGCAAGAUGCUUCCCGGAUGUCCAUUGACCAGAUGUCCAUUGACCAGUCGGGCCAAGACGAAGAUGACGAGGACGGAGAAGAGGGUGACGAAAGUGAUGAGGGUGAUGAAUCUAUGAUGGAUGCGAAGACUCCCGAGACCCCCCAGCCUCCGUCUGGCGCAGAGUUUGUGGGCCAACCCUCACUGGAAACGUCCGCUGGGCAGUCAGUUGAUGUCGAUCACGAAAUGACAGAUGCUGUGCCAGAAAUCCAGCCUUCCGCUCCUGAGCUCUCUCUAUCGACCGGGGAGGAUAUGCCUUCACAACAACAAGAACCGACUGAGAAAGAGACACCACAGCUCAAAGAAUCCCCGGGGAAGGACACUAACGCUUUGGUUUCCAUGGCUCCCACCGGGAAGCCUGAGGUUCGCGAUUUGGACGAGAAGCCUAUACUCCCCCAAACCGACGAGACUGACACUUCACUUUCCACAAAGGAUGCAAUUUCAGAUGACCCCGCCGAGAUUGCAGCCGAAGUUGGUGAGGUUCAAGGCUCUAGAUAUGAGCCACAAGGAGAAGGCGACGCCUCAAAGUCCACACCUGAGCUGGUCCCCAAGGAAGAGCCUGGUCUCACAAUCCAACAAGAUACUGCGGUCGUGCCACCAUUUGAGAGCCCCAAAUUACCCUCGGAAGCCCCGGACGCACAAGAUCUAGGGCAACCGCACACGCUCGGCCAAGAAUCACAAGGGGUAGCAGAACCGGAGCCUAUACCAGCAUCGACCCCCGCGAUACCUGAACCCCCAAUUCCUGGAAUUCUUUCAAACGAGUCAAUCGUCCAGUCUGACACACCCCAAGAGCCCCCGGCACCUGUUCAAGAUGAUCAACCCAGCCCAUCAUAUAUUCCCGGGGCUGAUGUGAACUCGGAUGAAGCAAAAUCUGUGGAACCAAAAGAUGCGAACACAGUGCCAGACACAAAGCCUAUCGCGGAUUCAGAUUCACUUCCAGCAUCAUCCGCGGCAGUAAAUUCUCCACAUAUUGAACCAUCCACAAUUACCGAGCAAUCUGUUGUGUCUAGUUCUACGGCAACGGGUCCUACUCUAGCGGAAGAACCUACGCCAGCUUUAGACGGAAAUACGGAUGCAACGACUGAAGCAAAUGUUACAACCCAACUACCUGUUGGCGCUGAAUUGGAACAGCAAGAAGUCCAUCUGCCUGAGGAUUCCCAGGCCCGACUCGAUCAAUUACCAGAUCCAACCCCUGAACCCGGUCCAGCGAACUCUACAUAA